AUGCUAGAAGAAUUUCAUCGUGGAGCAAAUGCUAACAAUCUAGAAAGAGAUAGACAGAAUAUAAAUAUGUCGAAGACAAAAACAUCGUUAAUGGAAGAGCGGUCUUUCCAUACUGUACAUCCUAUUUAUGAAAAGAACACAAGGUUAACUGGAUAUCAUUUAAGAGAACAUACUCAAGAAUUUCAAAUUAACUCUCUUAGGUGUAGGAACGAGGAGCUUGUGGUGCAGCUAGAGUCAUUACAGCUGAGGCUCGAUCACACAAAGGAACUGUUUAUUCAACAACUGCGUGAAAAAGAUAUUUUAAUUUCCAAGUUACAAGCUGAAGUGUCUAAUGAACGUGGGGAACCUGAAGGACAGCCGGAAGCUUCACUUGGGACUACAAGCUGUCUUAUUGACAAUAGUGUAACCAAAUCUGGACUAACACAGUAUCCUGAUCUUGCAAGUGAAGAUCAUCAAGUUCCGUCAACUGUAUCACAUCCAGAUGGCACAGUCACUUGGGAAGAAUUAAAAAAUGAGGUUGUCCAACUUCGUGCAGAAUUAACUAAAUGGAAGAAAGUUGCCAAAAAAAAAGAAAAAUCUUCAGAUAACACUUCAUCACAUCAGUUGUUGAACAUAGAGUUGGAAAAUCAAAUUGAACAAUUAAAACGACAAGUCAGUGACUUACAAGAAACACAUAGGAAUGAAAUAGCUGCCGUACAAGAGAGUCAUUCAGAUCAUUUGUCUAAUCUUGUGGAACAGUUAAAAGAAACUGAAACUGAAGUGAUUAAACUUCAGAAACAGGUAGAUGAAUUUCAGGACCGCUCAAGUUGUGUUGUCAAUCUUAAUCAAACUGAUCUUGGAAAUAUUACCUUUAAAAGUACUUUUAAAACUGAUAAAUCAGUCUGCACUGAUGUCAGUGAUUUAACAAUGUUUGUUGAAAGUCAAGAAAAUUCGAAAAAAUCACGUCCUAGUAAAAAGAAGAAAAAGAAACCAACUACUCGAUGGGAUGCAACAGAUAUUGCAAAGUCUUCUAAAUCAGUUUCUUGUGAAAUGUCAUCCCAGACUGAUUAUAGUCAAAUGAAGGAUUCAUCUGUUCAAUCUGCUGAUCAAGUUGACACAAAUGAUGCGUUUACUGAAGAUUAUCUUUAUCAAUCAAGCAGUUCCACUUCUGUUCAAACAGAUUCUCUAGUUCAAUCAUUAAGUAAAGAAAUGCAAACCGAUUCACCAUAUGAAAAAUCAAUAACAUCAAUUCCAACCACGUUAGUUGAAAUUCAGUUUUCUUCAACAGAUUGUGAAAAUGCCUAUCAUUUAGGAAAUAUUGACGAUGCUUCUAGUAAUAAUUAUCACUUCACAUGUUCAAAUGAAGCACAACAAACACAAUCGUCAUUACAUAAUGUUUUCAGUAAAUCUGACGAAACAACCGAACUAGUUGACCAACUUACAAAUGAAAUAAAUACUUAUCAUCGGGUGAUAUUCGAUAUGUUAAAUCGUAAUGGAAUUGAAUCAUCACAAAUCAUGUCAGCUUUGUCUCAAUCAAUAUUAUUUUCCCAGUCAAAUCAUGAAACUAAUAAUGAUGUACUUGAAAAGUUAAAAUUUUUGAUAAACAACGUUCAGUCUCAUCAUGAAUGUAUUACUAAAAACGAUGUUCAAAAAACUGUGAAUAUGAGCUUAUCUGUGCCUGUUUCUAAUACACGUUUAUCUGGUGAAAUAAGUGAUUCUACAGAAGUUGAGUUAGAUGCUUGGCAAGAUGAUGAUUUCCCUGAAUUGAAUUCUAAUGCUUCAGAAGAAACGAAAUGUCAAAGUGAACUUCCUACUGAUAAUAUACCAAAUUGCAAUGAAAAACUUCAAGAUGAGCUCCCAUCUUCUCGUAGUCUGAAGGAGAAAAUCCAACAACUAGAAGAAAUGCUUUCAAAUAGUAGUAUCGCGAAUGCGAAUCGUAUAGCUGAACUAGAAAGCCAAUUAGAACCAUUCAAUCGUUUACAAAAGUCUUUAAACACAACAGUUUCGGAUUUAUUAUCACUUCCACCACCGCCUACUUUGCCCAGUCAUUUACUCAGCCAACAAUCUUCCUUUACCUGGCCACCUACAAGUGUUGAAGACCAACUAGCUCUAUUAACUGCUUCUGAGGUUUCUGCUCAAAAAUGUAAACAACUAGAAUGCGAUAACCAACAGUUGUAUGAUCAGUUGGCUCACUGUGAAAAAAAUCUCAAAUCCUCUAAUUCUACAGGGAACUUACAGAUUUCGGACGAUUUUGUUGAAUUAAGCUCUCUGGCUUAUCAGAUUUGUGUUUCCCUCGAUCCUGAGGUUAGUGAAAAAGAAUGGAAUCCUGAUGAUUGGGAAAUUGAGUUAUUUACUCUACUUAAGGAUCGUCUAGAUUCAGAAUUAACUGAAACUGAUGAUCAAUCUGAAAGUGUUGUCAAAUUGUCUGCAGAAGUUGCAGCACUUCGUGAUAUUUUGGCGCAGCACACAACAUUCCGAACACAAGCAGAACGAGAUUUAAAACAUUUACUUUUCACAAUUCAAAACCAACAUGAUAUGAUUGAUAAGUUGAAAAUGGAGAAGCAACAGUUGGAAAGUGUCUUGCCAGGCAUGGAGUCCAAACUUACACCUAUUACUACUACUGUCGUUACCACUGCCUGCGCCGCUACCUCUACUGACUCUCCUGUUAUUGCUACUGUUAGUACUAGUACCUCUACAACAACCGACGAUGUUGUCAAUGAUGAUACGGAACAUAAAUGUAAAACAUCAUGUAUUGAUACUGAAACACAAACCUCCCUAAUUACUGAUAACGCUAUUGACGAAAUGAAUAAGCGCAAAGAAAAUUAUGAACAAUAUUGUAAAGAACUAAUCACAUAUAUUUGUUCUAUAUACAAUGAUCAUUUGGUCAAUUCAUCACAAAACUGUGAAACAUUUAUCGUGUCACCUGACUCUUUUGAACUAACAAAUAUUUCAAAAGUCUUUUCUUUAUUAGAAAAGUUCAGUUUUAAAUUUAAUGAAUAUAAAAUUAAUUUAGAUAAUUUUCAAUCGAUGUACAGUACGUUAGUGAAUAGUUUACAACAGAAACAUGCUGAAAGUCAAUUAUAUCAUGAGAGAUUACAGCAUUCUUUAAAUGAAUUAAAUGAAGUUAGAAAACAUCGAGAGGAAGCAGAAAUUUUAGUGAAUAGUUUACGAGAACAAUUAAAUGUUAAACAAAUGGAAGCUGACAAUAUCGUGAAACAAUCUCUGUUAAUGAAUGAAACUAUAACAGCGUCAAGUAAAUUUGUAGAUCAAUCAAGUAAAAUAAAUUUUGAAGAGGAAACAUCAAACGAAGAAAAAUUAAUAGCCGAAAUCCGACGCUUACAAGCACAUUUAGUUGAGAUGGAAGAAUCUUAUACCUCUGAAGCUGUUAUUGCAGAAAAUCGUGAGGUGGAACUUCGUUCACGUUUAAACGAAGUUGAAAAGUCCCUUGCUCAACUGAAAGAUUCAUGUACUUCAACAGAUACGCAAUUGCAGACAGCUUAUUCUGAACGAGACGAUGCUUUAAAACAUUUGGAGGCUAGUCGACGUGAAGUUCUGGAUUUAAAAGAGAGUUUAAAAACUCUACAAACAGUUUUAGAUAAUUUUCAGCGCAAUCAGGAAGCUACUCUUUUAGCUGAAACGGAACAUCUUCGAGCUGAACUUAAUCGAACUAUUCAAAAAGAAAUGGCUACAAAACAAGAGAUGGAACAAUUAAAUAAAUCAAUUAUCAAAUAUCAAGAAUUAGCCAAUGAAUUAAAUCAAAUGAAAAAUGUUAAUCAACAAUUACGUGAACAAAUCCUUCGACUUGAAACAAAAGUUAAAAAUCGUGAUACGGAAAAUAAUGGACUUCGUGAUCGUCUUGCUAAAAUGGCUGUAGAUACAGAUGCACGAAUUGAUAAAGUACUAAUUAAGAAUUUGCUACUUAGCUACUUGCAGUUACCUGCAAAUCAACGUAGUAGUGCUAUUCGAGUUAUCGGAAGUUUGUUGGAAUUUUCAGAUGAGGAUUACUUGAAAAUUGGCAAUGAAUCUGGCACAUUACCUAAACUAAUGAAAUGGGUUCGAACUACUGUAUCUAAUUUACCUAGUGGACCCCCAAAAGAUGUUCUACUUUCAUCGAAUAAUAACGAUAAGACUUUCACAGAAUUGUUACUGGCCUUUCUAGAAGAAGAAUCAUCUCCUCGAUCAACAAUUAAGCUGCCUAUGGAUUAUUAUACACCUGAUAUGGUCAGUUCAACUAAUAAUUCCAGAAAGCAGGUGAAUACAAGUGGUACGGAAGAUGAGAGGUAUCCUGUUAGCAAAAUUAUAACAGGUUCUACUUCACUAUCUAAUCCUCCUAAAUCCGAUAAUGAUUCAAACUUAUUAGAUCAUAAACCGGUUUUCUAUAUGCUUUAA